AUGACGAUAUCGUCCGGCAUGCCCAACAAUUGGCCAAAGCACAAACAUGCUAAGCACCCAGACAGAUCACCUGCCGGUCAAGCUGGAAACGUUCCCCUCCCUGGGGUCACUUACCUAUCAGACCUGCUCAAAGUCAUAGAUGGUAGGAGGCAAACCGGGCAUACAGAUGAGGAUCUUCCGCCUCCAUUCACAGUUCCGAAGUCCUACUCACACAUACCACAUGAAUACCUUGCGCCAGAUGGGUUCCCUCGUCCUAAGUUUUGGCUCCAUUUGGCCUGUGAGCACGCAAUACUUGGAGUGGGUAACAUUUCCGGAAAGGGGGGUGUCAAGCAGCAAGCAAUGGAUUUUUAUCGUGAACAAGGAGUAGAAGGUGUGCCUGCUGCUAAACCCAUAGUUCGGAAGGCAAGUGGUAAGGAAACUACACGACAUGCGGCAAGGGCGCGGAAAUUUAAUGACGCUCGACAAACUGACCAGUCACAAAAUUCUUCUAAUCGGUUGUUGAGCACAUACGAUAAGCAAGUCACCCGUUAUGACAACCCAAUUCUACCGUUCGAAAACCAUCAACGAACUAUGGAUAUAAUCUUUAAUACAUACACGAUCAUUACUCAUGGGCGGGGUCAAUAUGUUGAUCGGCAUUCCAAUAAGCUCGUGUUUACCUUCGCCUUUGAGGACCUAGAAGCUAUGGACCCUAGAGCCCGUCAGGAUCAUCAAAAUGACGUAGAUACAAUAAUGAUGUCGACGAAACUUUUCAAAGGCUUGCCUACCCCGAAUGCACAGUUUUCGCUUGAGCGCAUUCGAGCGCUGUCUACAUUAUACCAGCCUUCCGGCUUUUUGACCAAGUGUGGCAAUCCGAUUGCGCCGCUCAGCCCUUACCAAUCAAGGGAGUCAUCACCAUUAACUCCACUUCCAGCUUCUUCUCCCGAAUGUUCACCCCUAACUUCGCUUCCACCUUCGGAUGCUGAAGAUGAUGGAAUGGUGUCUACUGUGGAAGUUAAGAGUGGUGUCACUACGAAUGGAGCUUUAAUUCAUGGACGUAUGCACUGCUUCGGUCAGACGUUUCUCAACAGACUGCCUGGUUUUGGUGCGCAAAUUGGCUCUCGCUUCUCUGACUUCUGCGAUGUUGGAUUCCUGAUCGCGCGGCAGCAGCUAAAUGACCUUAGAGCGCCCUCUAUGACUUCAAUUUUGAAAUUUCAGCCAUUGGGACCUCACGACUUUGCUGCGAACUUUGCUUUCACCUUGGGAAAUUUUUAUAAUAAACCACACACGGAUAACGAUAAAGGAAAAGUAUAUUGUUUGUGGUAUCCGGUGGAUAGUAUUAGCGGUAAGAUAAUUACUGAGAGUGAAGGUUUUGUUAUUAUUGGUGGUUGGUUGAUUUUUCCAGAAUACCAAGUUGCAAUUAAUUUUGGAGGCAAAUCGGCGGUCCAGAUUGCUUGGAGCGUGGAAAAGGACCGUGCGGUCAGGAUGUCUGGUACACUCGCCUGGGCUGCUCCUCUCAGAUUACUCACUCAAUGGCGCGCGCGGCGGUAA